AUGUUAUUCUGGCCCUGUUCCAGCUACGUUGUUCUCGUUCGUCAAGACGAGAUUCCUUCCAUCAACCAAUUUAUUCUUAUCAUCUUCCGUUUGUGCACAUUGCGCAAUCGGAUAACCAGGCCAGCACAAUCUUGUAUACCAUAAACGACCUCUACUUCUGUGGUGACUCUUGACAUAAAGAGAUCACUUAUGUACCACCUUCACAUUGAACUUCACUUUUAGAAAGUAUAAUUCUGCUGAUUUUGAGUGCCCCAUUACCGCGAGCUACUCGUUGGGCGCCCAGAGACUCGAGGUUUUAACCACACCUUUAAAGAUACCGAGUGCUAGGGAUCGAUGGAUGAAUGGACGGAUAAAAUUCGCGCAAUGAGCCAGCAGACAUACAUGACCGGAGGCGGCUGAGACUUCCGACAACCUGCAAAGACAAAACUACUAGAGGUGCCUGGAACGCAUAAAUUACAAUCGUUGAAAUUCAAAGCUUUGACUUUACCUGAAAAGGAUAUCUAAAUACACAAAAAAUUUAUAAAAACGAACAAGUUUUAUUUCUAAAAACUGGUGGCUAUUAGAAUAGGUUCACCGAGCACAUUGUGGAAAUUAAUAAAACAACUCUUGGCCCUGAAGUUUUUGAACUUUUAAGUCACAACUUUCAUGUCUGAAGGGGUUACAAAUAGUGUAUAUUGAGUAAAACUGAGGAACAAUGCAGUUUGCGAUUUAUACGAAAGAUUACUCUUUUUAACUCGUGGGGACACGCGAGCGUACCACGAGUUAUUGCAGGGACAAGGAUAUGCAAAUUAGUCACUCGCACACUCGUAGCAGACGGACAUUGGGUCGAGGCUAGUCCGAAUUCUUAUGAGAACGUGCUCGUUCGCUGCUCAGACUCAGAGUUUUCUUUGUGGCAAAUUUUCUACACCACGGUUAGAGGUCUUACCAAAUUUAAGACACGCAAGAGUCUUUCAGAUGAGUACGAUGGUUAACUUCGGGAUUGAAUUGACGAGAAGAUGAGCAUUUGCUCUUCGACUCCGCAAGAUCACUGGGGAUAUACAAAUUCCAGCUUGCUGGAAAGUGAUCUUAAAAUGAGAAAAUAUCAUGUCAUGCUAUUCCUAAGAACCUGCAUGAGCCAGAAAUGGAUGUGACUUUGACCAUUAGCUUCCGAAAUAAUGGAAAGUGAAACAGGGGCCGGCUAUAUGUUUCCGUCGUACUUCGCAGACAGUGUAUCAGCUCAGUAAAAGCAUCACAAUGUAUGUUCUUUUUCAUUCAUUCACGCCUUCAAAUAUGCGUUUACACAGGCAUUAAAUAAAAUAUUUUCACCAGAAUGACACUGCAAUCAGUUUUAGUUGGUGAAGUUGGUUAAGGUAACGAGCCGCAACGAGCCCUAGGGUUCGAGUCCUGCUCCCGAGACCUUUAGACCUUUCCUUCCUUCCUUCUUUUUUUCCCCGUUUUUGAUUUCUGGUUUUUCUAUAAAUAUAUACCUUAAUACAUAACUGUUAUUUAAUAAAGUGCAAUAAACAGUAAGAAAAGUAUUGUGUUUCCAGAGAAAAGAUAGUAUAUUAAAUAUAUGGAUAAACAAUCUGAACUUCUAUCAUUUCCCACAAUUUACUGCGGGAAAACCAGAGUUGUUAACCAUUUGAUUAUUUUCCAAACAACUUUCCCACGAGUUGACGAUAGUCUUUCUUUGAUUUUGGUAGAUUCUUCACUCCGAACCACCAACACUGAAAAACAAGUUCAAAACUUGGGCCUCCAGUUACUGGAACCGUCUCGACGGCCUCGCAGUGGUAUCGUUUUUCAUUGGCCUUGGACUCAGACUAUAUCCACCAACGCGUUAUGCAGGUCAUGUGGUUUACUGCUUUGAUGUGGCUAUGUGGAUUAUGCGUUUGUUCUGAUGCACUUUUUGUUAGCAAAUACAUGGACGCUUGGUGAUGAUUGGCAGGAUGGUAAGGACGACAGUUAUUGAAUAUCAUUUAAAUAAUUUAGCUUUAAAAAUUACCUGUCAUUUCCAGUAAUUUCUCUUUGAAAGUCAUAAUUUACUACAUUUACAUUAUUUGUAAGCACGCAUGAUUCAUAUCCUUUACAUAAUGUGAUCGUUACAGCAUCUAAGUGUCACAUGUUGACAUAAAAUAGUCAAAGUCGAAAAAUUAAUAUUCAAUUGAGAAGUCAUGAGCCAAAAACACCAACGAGUUCAGUCCAACCUGGUUGGAAUACUUUCUGAGCCUCAAAACAUGGUAACGAAGCUGAUAGAACUUCAUAACUACUAGAUUAUACAGGCCGUAACAGCGUAAUAAAUGACUGGGGCCGGGGCUGAAGCAGGUGGCCCGGUUAACCCCACACCUACACCACACACCUUUGGUCCCCUCUAGGUUAAGCAUGUGCCUUCUUGGCAUCUCAGAUCACCACAUUGUUGUCUAGUGCCUUUGUUCUUGUCUCUAAUUUUCCGUUUGUGUUGACUUUGACGAAAUGAGAACUUUGUUUGAGAUGACGUAUUUCAAAUGGAAAAUUUGCCAAGCUGUAAUUUACUUUGGGAUUGUUCUUUGAUUCGGAUUGUUUUCUUCGCCGGAGCUUACCAAACUCUGUCACUAGUGCAUGGUUUUGCCGAUAAAGCGUUCUAACUAUUCCACUCAUUUGUUUGGAUUCCUUUUUUUCGGCUGUUUGAAAGACAUUGCAAGACUUUCAAAAUAAACGCGCAAAACCUGAAUUUUACCUAGUACAGUAUUUUUACACCGGCGAUCUGCGGAAACCAAUAAAAGCUCAAAAAGUCAAGUUCUGGGAUUGUCAUUGGAUUCAUUUCGAUCCGUUUUGUUUGACUAUUUUGAUGCUUAAUAAGCAGAUAUUUAACGUUGGUUUGUUUUAGCAGAGCAAAAUACGAUUUCGUUCAUUUACACACCUGGUAAUUACACAGAAGAACAACAAUACAUAAUCUUACUGCUGACCGUUAAUAUACUUUGAAACUUUGGCUUCCAUUGACGGCUGUCCACUCAGUAGAAAUUCACUUUUGGCAGAAUUUAAUUCAAGUCUGGAGAAUUUCUGGGGUGCUCUGAACCCCCCUGCCCUACCUACUACAGGCCUGUUAUAUUAAAUACGACCCAGUGAACAGCGUAUAGCUCCCCGCAUUUUAGUGAAAACAAAUUGAACCUAAUGAGAGUAAAGCAAUGCUAGGUUAUAUAUUCUCAUCAUAAAACAACCAGCUCUGUUUGAAGUCAAGUAACUGAAUCCAAAAGUACUUUUACAUCGAAAUUUACACCGUCAUUUUGAAAAAACUUGAGCAAUUAAAACACAUUCAGGAAAAUUUCUCGAUAUUCUUGUUUUGAAGAUCAUAAAAAUAUUUGGGAAGUCUCGAAACACACCAUUGCAGCUUUUCGUAUUUCUUUGCUUAACUGUUAUUAUUACUUUGUUGCUUGACAUUUUGCUUGAUGGUGUGUGUGCGUCAAUCCAGGCCACCCCAACGCCGAUGCAACCUUACCAAAAAUUCUUUGUUGUGUCUUUUUUUGACUCGCUUCAGGCUUAUUCAGUUUGUGUAUUUCUUCUGAUCGUGGUUUCCUGGCCCUGUGGAAUUCCUCGCAAGCUAUCCUGGCUACUUCAACGAGAGUUCCUUCCUGGUCCAUGGCAUCUCGGUUCUUCUUCAGACCAUACUUUCAGGCCCAUGGAGAACUCUUUUUGGAUGCUCCAGAUAUAAGUAAGUAUUUCGUUUUGAUAAUCGCGGAAUACCAGGUGAUGGCUACCAUUUUGUGAAUAUGUAUUCGAAAAUAGAAGUUUUGUCGAGCGCAAUAUAUAUAGUCCGCGGUUACAAUCAUACUUCCACAGAAAACUUUCGUUAUUCAGCUCGUUUUUUCCUUUGCCUUAAUUUGAUCUUCGAUAAAGAUAUCCUUUACGCUCGAAAUGUGCUCCAUUUGUGAUUGGGGCUCUAUGAGCCUAUGGGUCUGUGGUCCCACGGUUUCUGGUUUUAUGUGUAUGUGGGUCUGGCUGUGGUCGAUAAUUGUCUCGUAUAUUUUAUUCCAGUUGAAAACACAGCGACCGUUUUUGGCACUGCAAGAAAAGAUAGCUACGGGGACACAGUGGUGUUAUUCAUGACUGCGAUUUACUUGCUUGUCGUCAACAUUCUUCUGUUAAAUCUUCUUAUUGCUAUUUUCAAGUAAGUCUCCAACAGUAAAUUGCUCUACUAAAAAGUUGCCUAGGGCUCGUUCAAAUGACCAUAUUCCGAAAUAAGAAAACGUGGAAUAGAGACAAAAAUAUCACUUGUUUUACACUAAGAAAAUCUAGAAAUCUGGAAGAUAUUAACAAAUGAGAUGAAAGUGGUCUUCUAAUGGUCCAAAAAGUGGGGAUUGAACGGAUUGGUCACAAAUUUCUGCGUAUUUUUAUUCCAGAAUUCCAUACAGAAAGAUCGUCAUAAACAGUGGACUAAUUCGUUACGCUAUCACCGUACUAUUAUUUACAUGUAGACCUAGCGUAGAUAAUCGAACUUUAGUUUUACAAUAACUGAGUGAUUUCUCGCACGCUCUUUUGCCGAGAGCUAUGGUCGAUAACAGGGCAGACCAUGGAAAUGAUGUAAUGGUGGAACAAUUUGUUUUUCUCUUUUCUCUCGCGCGCGACCUUCAACCUAAAUUUAUUUCAACAACUGCCAAUGUUAUUGUAAAAAUAUCGACGACAAUUUUCCAUGGUCUGUUCUCUAACCGACCAUAGAAAUGACGUCAAAAUGUUCAAAAGUCAAGUGUAACCACGAGUGGCAGGCGAGUGGUUUUACUGACUUUGACACGUGACGCAAUCGUCUGGUCGUGAACACAGACCGUGCGGAAAAAUUGAUAAAAUCAUUCUUAAAUGGUAAUAAUGAUCCGAACGCUGGUUCUGUCGACUCAACUCUGUUGCUGUCACUGGUUGAGUUCAACUAAAUUCGGUAACGUCGAGGCAAAAAUACGCAAGAAAAAUAUUGCCGAACCAGUCGGGCGCCGCGCAGGGUGUCAGGAAGCUGUCGCUUGCGCUGCCGAAGAAACCAGCAUCGAACACAAUGGAACUCGAAUUCGUUGGCAUGACAGAACCUUUGGGUUGCACCAGUCAUCUGGCCUCUACCGCCAGCCGCGCUGUCUCACCACGAUUGGCGAAGCGAACUCGAUCGGGUCCGAUUGCCUUCGACGGGGAUGGAGACCGUCGAUUAUCGACCAGGGUCUGUCUCCACCGUGACACAAAAGUUGAACUACUUUUAGCUCCGGGGCCAGUUGAACAAAGUUGAUGGUGGAAUACAAGGAAAAUAACAAUUACAUUCCAAAGAAGUUGGUCCCGGAACAAUCAGCAGUUCAAAAUGGCAAUAAGUUACUCAAAGCACAGAAUUAAAUAUUGAUAGUAAACGUUUUAAUGUGGUUAAAAAUGUUUCCGACAAUGUUUUUCUAUUCGAAACCUUUACACCACAUACUAUGCCGAGACAUAUUUCGUUUUCCACGCUACACAGGCUUUGUCAGUCACCAAAAAUUUUUCGUGGCUUCCAGCCGCGCUUCGCACCCGGCUUUGCAAACAUCACGAGCUCAAGUCAAAAUUAACUAACUGAAUAAUGUUUAUGCUUUUGCUCCGUCAUUCAUCAACAGAGAUUCCCUGGUGGAAAGAUUUUCGGGGCUUCAGCGGUUUCAUAGGUCACUUCUGUAGGUUUUAACUGGUUGAUUUCGAUCCAUUUUGUUUAUCUCGAUUAUGAUUGACAACUAACUUUCCCGGAAAGUAUUGUCAUUUUCCUGUAAUCUGAUUGGUCAAAUUUGUCUAGGUGGCCCGGUUAUAGUAGUCGCACUGUAAAGACACCUAAAAAUAUUUUUAAGGGCAUGAAAAUCGCUUGAAAAACCUUAACUAUUAAUGGUGUCCAAAGCUCAUUCUUAAUGAGAAAAUCAAAUAUCAAUCAAAUAUCACUAAAUUAAUUGUAAAAGAUAAGGUGAAAAUGGCUUGAGAAUCCGCAACGUGCGCCUUUUAUGCCAUAAUUCUUACAUCAUUCUUUAUCUACAUGUCUACAUCUACACCUGUGGAGGCGGUUGUGGUCGAGCGGUUAACACCUCGAACUCUGGAUCUGGACAAGGAACUUUACUCCACUUUGUCUCUAUCCCCCCGAGUGUAUGAAUGGGUAGCGGCGACAUACUGCUGGGGGGUAACCCUGCGAUGGACUAGCAUCCCGUCCAGGGGGGAGUAGCAAUACUCCUAGGCAUGCUUCAUGCUAAGGAAACCGGGAUAAUAUAAUCUCCGGCCGUUUGAGUCUUUAGCUCCGGUGGGCCUUUACCGUUACCCUUACUUUACAUAUUAUUAUAGCUAUUUAACUUUCAUCCUUUGCAUCUCAGUAAUACGUACGAGAAAGUGCAGACCAACGCAAAACAGAUCUGGAAGUUUGAGCGUUACAAUCUGGUUAUGGAAUACAAGCAGAGACCUGUCUUAGUACCACCGUUCAUUAUCUUGAAUCAUGUGAUCUACGCUAUAAGAUUCUUGUACCGCUGCUGUGUCAAGAAAUUUAGCAAUCGAAAUGGAAAUCAACAUGCUGCUUCUAAAAUGACAAGUAAGACGUCUAGUUUUUAAAACCAAAGCAACGUUCGCCAAAACUUCCUGGUCUGAACUAUUCAGAUCGAAAAAGGGAGAGCAGAAGGUAAUUUUUAGACAACUGUGUCUUGAUUCGAUCCUGAUAUAUAUGAAAGAAGAAUGCGCAACAACUUCAUCUUAGUUUGUUUACUAACCUUCAGUGUUAGGUUUUCAUGGUUUUUGAUGACAGAGAAGAUGGGAGAUCACAUUCUAAUGACACACCAGUUAAUCGGGUCAACAUUAGAUUCCAUCGUCCAGAACCACAUUAGACACGUCAUGAUUGUUACACAAAGCAGCGCACUGACUAUAGUGAUUAGAGUUGAGAACUGACUAUAAUAAUGCGGUUAAACACUGACAAUAGUGAUUAGGGCUAAGCACUGACUCGAAAUGGUUAGCUUUCAUUUACUGUUAGGUCUGUCACCAUAAACAUGUAAAACGAAGCUGAUCUCGCAGUCGAAUCCACCGAGGUAAAGGUGGUGGAGACGAUAGGAUUCGGUGCCUCAGUGACCCGGGAUCGAUAGGAUUUAGAUUAAGAAAAGAGAUUAGAAGAGCAGACAUUUGAGUGACUUAAAAAUUUCAUGAAAGUGUAGCUAAGAGGGGAAGGUGGUUCUGAAAAAUGGAAUCGAUUGCUGACCAGUUAAUCGCCAUGUAAGCAGCUGUAUUUUAUCUUUCUCUAGGGAAUUCCUAUGACAAUAGCAUGAAAAUUUUCGAAGAGCGAUGCGUGGAUGAAUACCUUAGAGAGAAAAACGCACUGCUUCGUGCCACCCAAGAAGAACAAAUCAGAGUGAUAAAUGAUAGGUAUAACCAGCCGGAAUUACGCUUCUAUUUACAUUUUUUGUCAGUUAGAUCAAUCAAUUCGUGACUAUUUUUACAAAAUUUUAUUGGGAGGAGCGUGGAGCCAAAAAAUAACAAAUGCUUUUCAUUGGCUGCACUUUGAUAAAUUUUGAAAAUAUGGCUCUUGAUACUAAGAAUAAGUAAAGUAGCCAGUGGUGAACGAUUGCUUUUUUCUUCGUUUCGUUUUGUUUAUGUUUGUUUGUUUUUGUUGCUUUUUUUGUCCUUUCUCGACAUAUUUAUUUGCCAAAAGAGUUUCAAACCUCACAAAAAAUGUUCACAAGUAUUUACAAAUAUAACCAUUAUUCCAAUAUGAUAGAUAUGCUUUUAUCCUUUGCAAAUCUGACAGCAUGGGUUCAGUUUCUAGCCAGCUCCAAGAUAUGUGUCGAUUUGUUAAGCAGCGGUUCGAGAAAGGUGAUGAAGAAUUCUCUAGACUGGGAAAACUCGAUUCGAAAUCAAGGCGUCCAUCUAUCGCCGACGUAUUGACAGGUAAAAUUAUAGUGUGGGACUGUUAUUGUUCUCCAGUCAUAGAAAGUGUUUGUAUUAUAUUAGCUGUAUAAUUAGUGUGCACAAUCACUCUUAGGCCCGGCUGUCUACACUUCGCAGGAUAAAAUGUAUAACAAACGCAACUAUAUUUAAAUGGUUGGGCUUACCAUGCACAUUUAUCCAGACCGAAAUUAUGAAACGCCCCCGUUUUCAAUAUAAUGAACAACAGUUUCGUGGCAAGACGAGUAAGUUGGGUAUGAAAAGUUGUGUUUUCAAAUAUAUGGGGCCUGGUGAACCAGGCCUUAGGUACAAAAGUGAAAAAACGGACUUUAAAGGGGAACCACAAUUAAUGGUAAUCCAUUAGUUUUCCUUGUGGCCCACAAGUUUUAAUUAGAAUCCCAACUGGCCGGAGGAAAACCAGUUGGCUCAAUAUUAGGGAGCUAAUAAGCAACGACGACGGCAAAGGCAAUGAUGACGUUUCCAAAGAGUGAAUUCUGGCUGUUUCAUACUUCAUCGCUCUUAUUCCAACUCUUUUAAUUUGUCAAAUGUUGGCGAUUUUUUCCAGAAGUUGAAUUCUAAAGGACCUUGUCAUAUUUCAGAAAAAGAAAUAGGAAGUCGUUGCCUUGUGUUCACGUCCUCGGUAAGACGUGAAAUUGGGCAGUUUCAAGUCGUAGUCGUGCAGAGACGGCAAGGAAAUGUACAAAAAGGCGUGAUGCACGUGCAAAGUUAUUUUGCUAAUCUAAACUUAUUGCUUUUUUGCCGUUUUCAUUGUCGUCGCCGUCGCCGUCGCCGUCACCGUCGUCGUAGUCCAGUUCCGCCCUCGCCCCCUCCCUAUGUCACGCAACGCCGGGAGAGAGAGGGGGUCCCUCUCUCUCCCGCUCUCUCCCGGUGUUGCGUGACAUAGAGAGACGGGACGAACCUGGACUACCGUCGUCGUUGCCCAAGCUCCCUAUUUGCGAGAGUCACCGUGGAGAUAAGCUCGGGACUGCCGAGAACAAAUCCAGCUAGCUGUUAGGGUGGGGAUUGAACUCGGGGCCUCCGGAUUGCAAUUUCAGCGCUCUUAUACCACUACAUGAGAAAUUUCUGCAAUUUGAUUGGCUUAAAGCAGUGGUAUUUCAGCUUAAUUUGAAAACCUAGUAGUAUAAUCAAAUAAUAGCACGAUUUGUACCUGAUAUUUGGGUGUAAAUAUCACUCGUGAUAUUUCAAAUUGACUCAAAUGUCACUCUCCUAACGGCUCGUGAAAUAACGUAUAACAAUUUUGAAAUGUCACUCGUGGUAUUUAUACCAAAUAUCACUACAAAUCAUGCUAUUACCUAUACUAACCACUCAGCCACGCUGCCUCCUGAAUACAGUGAUGAAAUUCUUAUGUCACUUUUAAUUUCUAAUAAUUUAUCAGUUAUUAUUAUCAUUUUAAUAUGUCAGGUUUUCAUAGUUAGAUAGUCCACAACGGUUUUAUCCUUGAAAUAUGGAACAUUAUAACUUAAAUUCAUGUUUGUUACGUGUUAUUAAGGUGGCUCGAUAUAGUUUUUAGGGUCAAUACCUCUCAAGUUUGAGCAUAAACUACGUCGCCAUAAACAAAAAUUUGGAAAAUUGUCACCACAGUUGUAUCAGGUAAAGACAAAAAUUUGUUAUGAUCGAGGUUGCAAUGAUAUCGGAGUUGUCAUAGCAACGAAAUGACGCUAUUACCUAUUUUACUUGCAGCAGUAUUUCUCGGCACUGGGAACUGUUCUUCCAAAAUCGUUUACGGGAGCUUUUCCUCCAAUAGCGGCCUCGAUGUUCGUGAAGUGUAAGCGAAAUUCUUAAGAGCGUUAUCGAGAUGUUUGGGGGUAAAGUUUUAUGGCUAGAAAUACGAUAAAAGAUGGACAAUCUUGAUGUUCGGCUGUUAUGUGCAAUAAACGAAACGCUUUUGACAUGCAAUUUCACCUCAUAGUAGUUUCAAUCUUUUUGAAAACGUGUUUGCGGUUUGCAAACAUUUUGGUCUACUUUAACAAAUUAGCCAAUAAUUUUUAAGAUUCUUGAGAUUAACCUUACAUUUAUAUCACCAUUUAGUUUCAAGAUUGUUGAUAUAUUGUAAGGCUGUAAAAUAAGGGCUACAAUACGCUAAUAUUUUGUCAAACAUUUUGUGUUUACAAGUGAGAGCCUCUCAUUUUUCAGGGUAUUGUCUCCAAGUUCCAUAUUUUCGUGCACAACAAUAGCUAGCAUUUUUGCAUAUUUCAAAUGCAUUGUUAGUUAGUGCUGUUCACGUGAAAAUGAAACUUGGAGACAAUACCUUGAACAAUGAGAGGCUUUUACUGCUAAUUACGAAACUUCUAGCAAUCGGCUGGAGCUAUCUCCACGAUCUUUCACACACGUUUUUAAAAAGAUUGAAACUACAAUGAGAGGAAAUUGCAUGUCAAAAGAGCUUCGUUUUCUACAGAUAAUGGCCAAACAUCAAGUUUGACCAUUUUUUACUGUGUUUGUAACCAUAAAAACUUCAGCCCAAAAUAUCUCGAUAACGUUCUUACAGAUUUCGCUUAAACCUCACGAACAUCGAGGCCGCUAUUGGAGGGAAAAGCUCCCGUAAAAGAUUUUGGAAGAACACUUGGCAGUGCCAAGAAAUACUGCUGCAAGUAAAAUAGGUAAUAGCGUCAUUGCGUUGCUAUGACAACUCUGCUGUCGUUGCAACCUUAAUCAUAACAAAUUUUCAUCUUUAUCUAAUACAACUGUUGAUGCCUGUGCCGGAGGCCAAGGAAAGUUCUUCCUCAACUCGCCCAGGUUUGUUUGUUCUUUUGGUCUUUUUUUGGACAGUCUUGGCACAGUUUGCCCGUGUCUCGUCCUCCACCUUGCAUAGGUGCUGGUGCAUAUCUAUAGAAAAAACAGCAAUGGUAACGUUCUUUCCAAAAUUCUACGACGUUUUGAACAGAUGCUUAGAAGGGAUUUCAUCGAAUUCCAGAUGUGAUAGUAUAUACGGCAACGGCUCACGCUGAUACUUCGUGAAAGCUAUGGACUCGUGCGAGGGAUAGGGCGGCCGGGAGGGAGAAAGGUGGAGUUUUGGCAGUUGGAGUGACUAUGAGGCUUAAUAAACAUCGGCUUUCCUUCGCGUGAUACUAUCGUCUUUAAAUUUGUUGCUCCUAACAGAGAGACGUCUCUCUCCUCUCGCCACAAGACCAGUGAAGACCGCUAGCAAAGAUAGUUCAAAGAAAUCAUCUGAAGAACACAUAACAGAUGUGCGAGCGAGGCAGUCGCCUCAUCUAAAGAGUAAUCAACAGCGUACUUUCGUUCCGGACUUCCUUGUUGCUUGGCAGGUAACUAGCCAUAUCACACGGUAAUAAACUAAGAUUUACAGCUUAAGGUUCACGUGUUUCCUAGGACAUGAUGUAUGGGUAAGAAGAGUCAAAAUAUAACUUGCGGUCACAAAAUAUGGGUUCUUUGAGAUGAAAUAACAAAUUAAGGGGUUCCCCUUGUUGUAUCCAAAAUUAAUUUGCGAAAAACAUAGACUCAUUUAGCAUAGCGUAAAACUGCCUUCAGUGGUAGUAGGUAAUUACUUGUUUAAUACUUACGGACAUGAUUAGUGACCAGACAAAAUGUAGGUGUAUACUUUCUUUGCACUGUUGUGCAGCGUGGCCGAGUGGUCAGCGCGUCGGACUUGCAAUCCGGCGGUCCCGGGUUCGAGUCCCGCUCUGGCCACUUGCUGGAUUUGUUCUCGGUCGUCGCGAGUUCAAAUCCUCGGCCACGCUUUUAAAUAGCCAACUGGCUGCCUCCUGUCAGUUGGGGUUUUAAAUCCUGUUAUGACGUUAUAUUUGAAUUAUUCGUUUCCUAAGUAUUUACUGAUUGUAAAGCGCUUUGGAUCACUAAGAGAAAGGCGCUAUAUAAGUGUAUAUUAUUAUUGUUAUUAUUAUUAUUAUUAUUAUUAUUAUUAUUAUUGUGAAGUAUUUGAAAUGAAAGGUUGAUUAAUAUUUUAUUAUUAGAAUUUUUUUAAUCUUCUAGAAAUUUUUAACUGAAAAGUAUGAAAUAUUAUUAUAUUAUAGAUUGUGCAAAACAAAAUUUGAGAGUACAGGAAUUAUGAUAUUGAACCGCCUCGUCCUCUCUCUCACGAUGCACAAGGGACGGCGGAACGGUGAAAAUGGGCAAGGCGCACUUCAACCCCCUUUCUGCCUCUUUCAAUGAUGCCUGGCGCUUGAUGUCGCUUGAUGUCAAUCACUUGUCUCGUCUAGCGCGAGAGGGUUGGAGUAGGUUAGGAUUCAGGACAUGACAUGAAAAGGGCAUGAAAAACAAAAAUUAAGAACCACUUUUUUUCUUGGAUGAUCUUCCUUAGUCGAAGUUUAGUCAAUUUAAAAGUGGCCAAAUUGCAACUGAUUUUUUGCACAGUUUUGUUAGUCAUCAUUAUUGUAACCAUAUGAUUGUAGUAUGAUUUUUAACAAACCCUUCAUGGAUGAUUGAACGUUAAAUCUGUUCAGUUUUUCAAUUAAAUAGCCUUUAUAUAGAAGUAAACAGGAGAGAAGCUGCUUUAUUGGGUUGCUGUACAAUGUUUGGGAUUCCAUUAACAAUAAAUACUAUAAUUUAUUCUCCAAAGGAGUCCUUCCCAGGUUACGAUCCGCCAUCAUACACCGCACAAGGAAUUCAAGCAUCGUCGACCUGGGCAGACCCUGACAUUAUGGAGUAAGCAUCUGUUUUUUUGGAAGUCAAGUUUUUUCGUUGAUUUUACUAUGGUCACUUUGAUGACGAUCGCGGCAUUUCUACCGUUUUUUUGUUUUCCAUCAUGAAACAAAUCUCAACGAGAAUAAUGAACAUACAUUUCUUCUGACCACAAGCGAGGUUCGACAUGUAGCAUGCAAUCAUAAAUUCCCGCACCCGGGAACGAGUUUGUCGGCACCGUUGCGUGACCUUUACUUUUUAAGUAGAUUUGAAAAGCUUUCGGAAAUCAACAGCUACAAGCAACACGGUGGUUUAAACUUUGAACAGAAAAAUAACAACCUCAGUUUUGACGGACAUUGCUCAGUUCUUGAAAAUUUCUCAACUGAGAAAAGCAAUUGAAAGCUAAUUAGUUCUGGAAAGGCUUUUGAUCGCUGUCAAUCAGUCUAUGUCACAGAGGUAACUUAAAGCCGGUACGAUAUUAACUAUGUCUUGUCUUCACUUUCAGCCCCAGUAACUCAAGUUUAGUCAUCAAAUUUAAUUGCGACGAAAAUGGGAUAAACAGACGGAGCUAUUGUAGGAAGAUUGAAGUGGUCGAUCGGUUGCCUAGGUAAAAACCUGCGCGCCUAGUUUUUUUUUUUUUAUCUUAAAACGUUCAGUGAGGUAGACAGGUAACGUGGUUUGUAGCACAUUUUACAAAGCAAAAAUCGGUCGAUAAGGAUAGGGCAAAAUGAGUACAAUCACAGUGAUGCAUUUGUCCUGCCCUUUCCCAUGUUUGCAAGUUCAACGAACAGCGUUUUGCAGUGUUAAAUAACGAUUACAUCAAAACGCAGCUUCUCAUUGCCAAUGGCAGAAAAUAUCAUCUCAUCAAUCGGUACCAAAAACAGAGCAAUACACAGACGGAAUGGUGUAGAAGGUUGAUGUCUGCGCUAGUAUACUGCGGCACGUCUCUCACUUCUUUGGUUAAAGAGCAGGCUUCAUUCUAGGUUCCUUCUCACCCAUGGAGAGUCUGUUCUACUUAACACAACGUGUUGCACACAAUCAGAUUGUUUAAAAGACCCUUCUUUAUUAUCGGGCGAGAGUUUGCCAUCACUUUUUCACUGUUGCGUUGAAGGGUAAAUUGAAGGCAUGAUUUAUUGUUGGAGCAAGACCACUAUUAUAGCACAUUGAAACGUAUCAACAGAGGAGAAUUGGAAUGUAUCAAAAGGGUGGGGCAGUGGUAAAAGCACUCCCCCACUACCUGCAACGCGGCCUGAGUUCGAAUUCCAACUGCGCAAUAUUAUUAAAAACUGUGCGGUAGUUCUCUCCGAGUAUUCUCCUUUUCCCAUCUCCUGAAAAUUCAUUCCAAUUUCUAACUCGAUCCGGAUGAUAGACGAAGAACCUCACUGUGGAUGUGCUAAAUAUGCCACUAAUUCGUUAAUUAAACAUUGCCUAGAUAACAGUCUAGAGUGAAUGAUUGUUCCACUUCAGAAAGAAUUUUUUCGAGUUUCCGUUUUGUCGAUGAAAUUCCACCAUCAGUCAUUAGGAGAAAUCUUCUACACAAAGUUGGUUUGAAGAUCAGUGGGUUGUCUGAAUUGAAUCAAACCAGUUUUGAUUGUAUGUAAGCUUUUUCGGGUAUUUCACAAGAGACGAACUGUCGCUGCUGUCGGUUACCGCAGCGCUUUGCCUAGUGCGUUGCGAGCUUAAUGAUCCAGGAGCACUGGGAUGUAAAACCCAAAAAUAAGCAAGGAACAAUGCACAGUCCAAAUGGAAUGUAAUUAGCUAAAUGAAGCGGGAGUAUACAAUCUAAGUAUAUCAGUGAUGUAACUUCAGCCUGUUAAGAAGAACAUGGUAAAAUGUACAACCCAAAAUGGCAAACUAUGUUGCUGAUGGUUCCUGGGAUCCAGUAUAAAUUACCCAGCAGAAUCAUACUUGAAGCACUACAAAGGUCAACUUUGCAAGUAUGAAACACCUGACCCCAUAACUAUUCAGAUAGUUACUCAUCAUGAAACCUAGCUUUCUCCCAAAACCCGCUUCAGUAGGUUUUCCUAGUACAAAUCAUUAGCACAGAAGGUUGGGAAAAUUGUUUUCUCCAUUAGAUCCUAAAUAAGAUACAAACUUGUUGCACUAGAUCAUCUAAGCAACUGGAAGGAUACUAAGAUAUGAUCUUGCUUUCUUGGUUUCAGAAACCCAGUUGGCAGAACUGGUCUCUCAGGACGUGGUUUGUUUAGUCGAUGGGGACCCAAUCACGCCGCUUACCUUAUCAUCACAAGGUCGAGUCUUUUGUAAUAGGUAGAUUUAGCAAAGACAAAGAAACUGCAAAUGAAAACCCUACCGCACGCAGAUAGGGCUGAACGCGACUUUCGGUGCUCGAUUUGCCGUCAAGUCGGUUUUUAGAUCUGCGCGCACUGUCGUCGCGUCGUCUUUGCUAAAUCUGCUUAGUUUACGAGGGAAGAUAUUAUAUAGCUUCUUCAAUGCAGGAUGAAACGACUUCUGUGUUCUGAUGAGCUACCCGAGCGGGUAAGACGGGCCUUUAUUAUAUGCCUGAAUCCGCGGGCGGGCAAGAUAAAGCGAAUCCUGCGUUUUGAUUGGCUACUCGAGUUGGCGAGAUGGGCCCAUUUUGCCCGCUCGGGAUUGUACGCGUUGGUCCUGCAAGAAAAACAUCUCUUUUUGGCCAUAUAAUAAAUCCUUUAUUUACCAAGCUUGUUCUGGCUUUGUUUGCGUUUCUAUCGACCUCGAGAACUCGACUAAUAUCCAGCCAUCUUGACCUCGCACAGUUUUAUAUCAAGAGCAAAAUAUUUUCUGUUUUGCAAGUUAUAGAUUCAGCUACUUUAUGUUCUCUUAAGGUGCGUUGUUCUUUUCAGUUUCUCUGGGAACGUGUGCAAUGGACCUUACUUUACGAGCCACGACUCCUGCGCUUAAUGAUUUUCCACCUUUUCUAAUGCUGUGAUCCCGAAGAUGGACGUGCUUUUGCAAACUUUGCGACCACUACAACAUGAUUUGUUUUUAUGGACAUCUUUCAUACAUUAAUUCAGUUAUUAAAUCAUUAUUAUUAAAUUAUCCAUUAAUUCUUUUUAAUGCUUUGCUCGUGUAAAUAAGCAAUCCUUUUUUCCUAUUUUUUACUUUACUAUCUAGGUGGAAGAUGGACGAAAAUAAAACGAUUGUGCAAGAGAAGGGCAAACAAGUUCUGGAAUUUUUGGCUAUUAAAAGUCUAAAGGAUGUGAAAUGGGCAAUGGGGUUGAAGUAUGUUCUUCAUGUCCUCCUUUGUUGAAUGUACAAAUGGAGUUACUAGAAGCUAGAGGGAACUUUGAUUAGUAAGCCUAGAUUUUUUCGGGUGAUAAUUCUUUCUCUGACUGUCAGCCUUCAACGGAGCUCAAGAAUACGAAAACGGUAUAUUUCUUGUCUUUCCAUUGCCAAAAAGACAAAUUGCUUUUGCUCCUUGUAAAAAUAAGUAGUGGGAUAUAAUUGUUUAGUAAAUUCCUGUUAUGUUGUUUCGACACAGACGGAAGUCCAGCAAAGAUGGAAACAAGCAAGGCAAGAAUUAUCUGGAGUCAAUGCCCGUUGAAAAUCCGGAGGCGAACUUGGAGUGGGAGAUUCCUGGGGUGAGGUGCAUCAUUAUGAUAUCUGUGGCACUAGCGCAGUGCUUUAGCAGGUCAUAAUAAAGUAGAGCUAGCGAGCGAAGGUUACAAAAGGUUACGCGGAAGAGGGGCUUAAGUCUCUUCAGGCCACUUAGGGCAUUACUAUCUAAUUAAAUAUGCAUAUUUUGAUAAAAUACAAUUUAGAACGGUUUACUUUUAUCAAUGAUCCUGAAAAUUGGACUACAAAUGUAGCUUAAUGGUCUUAGCAAUAUUUGACAUUUUAGAAGUUCAAAUUCUCGUCGCGUGACUGAUAAUUGGGAAUUAACGGGCAAAAAUAUGUAAUCUCAAAUGGGGAAAGGAUAAUGAAAGAGCAACAAGUUCUUUUAGGUUCCUUUCUAGAGGCUAUUAAUAAGGUUCUGAAAAAUUCUCCCUGUAUGUGUGUAUAGGUAUCAGUAAAUAAAAGGAACAGGGUCACGUGACUUGUUGAUUAGUGAAAUAGCUUAUAGGAAAAAUAACAUUUCCAAUCAUACAAGGCGAAUUUACGAUUUACAUUGUUUAUGUAACAUUUUGGUGGUGAAAAUUCCUAAGGUUAAGAUUUGCUACCCUCCCCGUUUAGGAAAACGUUUUUUUUGUGACGAGGCAAUGUCACGUGUUAUUGAAAUCACGUUUUACUCGUUUUUUUUUUUUUUUUUCAUUGAGCCACAUUUGUAGUUCACUUUUCAGGAUCACUGAUGGAAGCAAACCGGUUUAAAUAGCAUUUAAGAAAAUAUGCAUAUUUCAUUAGGUAGUCAUGCCUUAAGUGGCCUGAGCAGCUCACAAUUUGCUGUGUUUCAUAAAGGAACUAUGUUACGAAAUUUAGAAUUAUUAAGACACCAAACUAAGAGAAGCAUAAAAAUAAACCGUUAAAACACCAAAGAAAGUUUUAAGUAACAAAGCAAAUACAAAAGAAGACACGGUUGGACAAAAGUGAAGAAGACCAAAACGGAUUGUAAUCGGGGUUUUUUAAUAGUUGUUAGCCUAACAUACUGUUUUUAAAAGUCAUCUCUAUCGUUUGUAGCUUGAAAUCUAAUGCUAGAAACGCAUAUUUGUUUGUCACGAAGAUGAACUAACUAGUGAUUCUUUCGCAAGCGUUAAUUAUGAUACUGGGCGAUCUAGUAAGGGCGAGUAAUGGGCAAUUCAAAACACAAUGGACUGGAAGAAGUUGCCAUUUGUAAGCUUUAACCUCAAAGUUUGUUCUACGAAAAAGAGAUUGAUGGAAUUUUUUCCUUUUUCAGGGUAUGAUCAUGGUUGGGGAUUCAGUGCCGGAAGCAUUGACAACGUCAUUGAGGAACACCGUUGUCCCAUCUCUUAAACCCAUGAUCGCCAAAGAUACUUUGGAAGGUCAUCUCCAUACAAUAAUCCAAAGUGCCAACGAGGUAGUUUUAGAAAAAAUAAUAAUUUUUGUUUGCUAUUCUUUGAUGAUUUGGCUGUAAUGAGUCCUUUAAAAACUCAGAGGAAAGGAAGGCUUUUAAUUUUGGGUUCCAAUAGGACAAUUGCACGAUGACGUCAUUUGACUACAACUACCAGAAUCCUUGAGUUUGUUGUUUUCUUAUGCAAAUUAAGGCUAUUGUUCUGUAAUCCUCAGCGGGAUUGACAAAUUUAAAUAACAAAGCAAAACCGAAAUGAAUUGUGGUAGUUGUAGUCAAAUAUCGUCAUCGUGCAAUUGUCCUAUUGUGUAGGGGUUUGACUGGAUGUAUCAGCACCUCUUACCCAUGUUAAUGUUUUCUGCGGCGUUAGUGCUAUACUUUUGAGCCCUAACUUGGGGUUAAUUUACGAUGUAAGGGUAACGGGAAGUUUCAUGAGAUAAGGACAAAAGGCUGUGACGUCAGCAGCGCUCCUGUAUUACACCGCAAGAUAAUUAAUCCCGCCUCAAUUUAUUCAUGAGAUAUCAGACAAAAGGCCAUGACGUCACAGAAUUUUAAAAUGUAUUCCACAGGAUAUUAAUGAGAUUCCACUGAAUUUCAUCGGUGCUAUACUACUCGUACAUUCUUUUUACUGAACAACGUCGUAACCAUAGCCAUCGAUCAUCAGCAGUUUUAAUACUGCGUUUUCAUAAGCUACAUUACGCUGUUUUCGCUUUCAUCAUUGCUUACGAAAUCUUGUGUCACUUUCUCGACAAUCAGAAAUAAAGCUUAUAUAUGCCAAUCUUGAUUUCACCCGUUCGUGUAAGACUCUACGUGUGUUAUAUUAGAGUGAUUAGCUCUGCCUUUGAAUUCGCUCCAUAAAAUAAAAUAUCCGGAUUGCAGGUUUACAAAGGAUACGUGGAUGACCCCAGAAAUACAGACAAUGCCUGGCUAGAAGCAGUGGUGCUCAACUUCCAUGAUGAUACAAGAACAGCACUUGGCGAUUUCGAAUUUGAGGUACGAUGACCGUCACUAAUAGAUGUGAAAUGAAGAGUCAUAAUAUGAAUUUAGAAAACGAUAUGUACAGUUCAAAAGCCCCGUGCAAACGGGCGCAACAUUGUUGGCCAAAAACUCCCAAAAUUGUUGGAUGCUACAUGUUGCGUCCGUUUGCACACCCUGUUGCAUAUUGUUGCAUGUUAUUGCGUGUUGUUAUGAAUUCUUGCAUCCGUUUGCACGCCACCGCCCACACGGACGGGACAACUCCCAACAUUGUUGGCCCACGUAGCUUAAAGUCAUCUCGACUCGAAUAAAAUUUCAUGUUUUGAAGGCAAUGUUUGACAAAGAAGUAGACAGUUCGUCCCAUGAAUGUCGUGAAAAUUUUUCGCAGGAAGACUAUGCUGCUUAACUCUACUCAUUAGAAUCUGAACUGCAUUUUCUUUCCUCUUAGGACAAAGUGGGUGACUGCAGUGUUAACUGGCAAGAAGUGAGCGUUCAAAUCAACGUGCAACCCAAUCUCUCAUUUAUCUUGCACAAGGUGGCCACGUUAAAUAACGCAUUCUUUUGA